UUUUAACAAUUAAUUAAAUGUUAGGUGAGAAGGUAAUCGGAUUUUACCGGAUAUUGGUUCACAUGUUAGUCACAAUGGUCGCCUGAAGCCUUCCUAUUGCCGCUUCUGUCGACACGAAGCCGGGUUGAAAUAAUAAUCAGUUUUUCAGAAUACGUUCCGUUAAAACCGUAAGAAUGACCAAGGUGAAAUCCAGUACGAAAAAAGAGCCCAAUACGCCGAAGGGAAAUAUCAAAAGUAUUAAAGAACCAGUUAUUGGUAAAAAUAAAACGCCAAAAUUCAAGAAUACACCUACAGGCAAAGUAGCUCUGAUCAAUGGCUCUACUCCUAAAGGCGAUGGAAAGAAGAAUUCAUCAAAGAUAUCUGCACAAAAUGGUAAAGGGCAGAGUCCUCAAAAUAAACAAAACAAUUCCAACGGUAAGCAGAAUUCACCAAAGAAUAAGAAGAAACUGACUGUACAAGCACAGAAAUCACCUGGUGACAAACAGAAUAUUAAGAAAAGUGGUUUAAAUCUUGAAAGUGAAAAUGAUUCUGAUUCUGAUAUAAAUGAGGGAAUUACCAUCAAGGAAGAAGUUAGUGGUAUUGAAGACCAUGAUGAGAGCGAUGAAGAAGACGAUGAUGAUGAAGAUAAACCUGGGCUGACUGAUAUUCUAGGAGAUAGUUUGGCUAAUGAAUCAGAUGAAGAUGAUGAUGAUUUUGAAGAGGAUGAUGAUGAGGAUGAGAAUGACGACGCGUUAGAUACAAAACAUAAAGGAGUGAAAAUGUUUAAGGGGUUGAAAACACAACAGAUUGCAGAGACGAUUGAGAGCGAUAAGGAUGGCGAAGAGGACAAUGAUAAUGAUGAUGACGAAGAUGAUGAUGAUGAUGAUGAUGAUGAUGAUGAUGAUGAUGAUGAUGAUGAUGAUGAUGACGACGACGAGGAAGAAGAAGUAGAGUCAGGUCCAGGACUCAAGGUAUUGUUAGGAAAUAGUCUUGCUGAUGAUGAUGAUGAUGACGACUUUGAUGAAAAUGAUGAGGAUGAUGAUGAUGAAGACAUUACUGAUGAAGAUGAGGAAGAAGAAGAAGCUGCUUCCCCAGCUAAGAAACAGAAACAAUCUCCAACAAUUAUAAAGAAGAAGGUACCAGAGGAUAGCAUUGACGAUGAUGACGACGAUGAUGAAGAAGAGGAUGAAGAUGAGGGUGAGGGUGAAGGUGAAGGUGAAGAUGAGGAUGUUGAUACGCCUCGGCUAACAAAAGAAGAAAUAGAGGAACGUAACAAAAGAAGUAUAUAUAUUGGCAAUGUUCCAAAAGAUGUAACAACAAAUGAAAUUAAAAAAGUUUUUAGUAAAUAUGGACCAAUAGAAACUAUUCGCGUCCGAGGUGCUAUACCAGAAAAUCCAAAAAUGUCAUUUAAAGGAGCUGCCAUAACAAAGAAAAUUCAUCCAAAAGUUUCUACUAUUCACAUGUUUAUAUUGUUCAAGUCGGAAGAAAGUGUACAGAAGGCUUUGGAAAUGAAUGGAAAACAGUUAAACGGCAAUUUUUUGAGGGUAGAUAUAUGCAGAACAGUCAAAGAUGGUUUAUAUGAUACAAAAAAGGCUGUAUUCGUAGGGAAUCUACCAUUUGAUGCUAACGAUAAUAUGAUAUGGACGCACUUUGCGGACUGUGGCAAAAUUACCUCCGUGCGUGUUGUAAAGGAUAAACAAACCGGUGUUGGUCGUGGUUUUGGUUACAUUAAUUUUGAGACUCCUGACGACGUAACCCUUGCUUUGAAAUUAGACGGUUCAAAGAUUGGAAACCGUGAAAUCAGAGUAAAAUUGUAUGAGAAAAGGGCACCCAACAAGAACUGGCAAAAUAAAGGAGGCAAAAGGCAGUUUCAGGGUAAAAGACAAUAUGGUGGAUCUCCUAAGAAAUUUAAAAAUGAUUCGGGCGACAGUAACCAGUCUAGCCCAAAUGACCGACGUAAAGCAGGACAGCGGUCUCAGGGUGAACAACAAAGACAAAACACUGAGGGAGGAAGUCCUCGUGGAAAAGGCCGUGCUUCAUUUCAGGGACAAAAAAGUGAUGUAAAAAAAGUGUCGCAAAAAGGCAAAUUUGAGAAGAAGAAGAAGAUCAUGGCUGCCAAAUUAACGUCCAAACCGAAAAAGCCAAUGGCGAAUUAAUGUUAGCAAGGGUUUCUGUUAUUUAACCUUUCAUAUGUUCACCAUCUCUUAUUUGUUAUAUCAUUUUGAGGCAUCUGAACCUUCCAUGUACUCUUUAUCUUACAGCGAUUUAAAGUAUAACGUAAUUUUAUUUGUAUCAUUUCCAUUAAAAAUGUUUACAUAUGUGUCUGCAGUAAGUGUGAAUGCUUUGAUGGAAUGUAUAUAAAUGUGUCAGUGAGUGGAUGGUAUGCGACAUGUAUUUUUCAAAUACAAAUUUUAGAAGUCAAGAA